UGGAGCGGGCGACACGUACAUAACCGCUGGCUGGACACACAUGCUCCAUUAUAUUACCGUAAAAUCAGCCUUCCUCUCAGCCAUACAAGUGCUCGUACGAGGCUCUAUUUGGGCGUCCGCCAUCGAAUCGAGCGCGGUUUAUGAUGUGGUCCUUCCUCAUCCGACGCACGCAGCUCUUUUGAAAAUGAGCGGGAAAUGACCAAUGGCUGACAUUUUGCCACUGGCUGAUCGCCUGUGCAGUGCCUCUGCCAGCGGAAAUUUACCAGAGGUUUUAUUGUUGCUGCAAAACGGAGCUGCUGUCAAUGGAUUGAACACUUUCAAAAGGACUGCAUUACAGGUCGUCAAGGUGGGCAGCACCGCGGUCGUCGAGGCCCUCCUGGAGGCCGGAGCUGACCCCAACCUUCGCGACCCGGUGCUCGGCCUGACGGUCACCCACGACGCCGCCCGCGAAGGCUUCGCGGACACCCUGCGGGCCCUCCUGGCUCACGGGGCGGACGCGAACCUCGCGGACGUACGUGGGAAACUCCCGCUGCACUCGGCCGCCAAGAGGGGCCGCGUAGACGCGGUCCGGGUGCUACUGGGAGCCACCGCGGACCCGUUGAAGGUUAACCGUGACGGGCAGACCGCCGAGCAGUUGGCGCUCCUCCACGGGUGGAAUGACACGGCCGCUUGCAUCCACAGCUACCUUGGCUCGAUGCUGCAAAAUAUGAAAACAUCUCGGCGACGUUUGCUGAUAGCUGCAGAAAAACAAACCCCAUGUGAAGCAGUUAUGGCGCAUAUUGAUAGAAACAGGCAUGAAUACGCACUUCCAGCCCAAGUUAGAAUGUUAAUCCAACAUUACCUUGACAUUUACAUACGUGGUUUAUUCAGUUGACAUAAUAUUAUAAAAUAAGACACUGUACAUUGAACGCCAACCACCAUUUGCCAUUUGUCCCUUUGAGGGCACCAUACCUCAGUGUUGGGCCCCCUCAAGAGCAAGGCUAACAACCUUUAAAGAGCGAGCCUGCGUUUAGGGCACCAUUUUGUUUUCAUCAAUUGUACAUGGUAACGAGUGUUUCACGUUUAAACGGUGCACCACUGAUCUGGUGUCACUUAAAAUGGAGUCAAACGAGCAUACACCAUGGGAACGAGUGACUUUAACUCAUUCAGUGCCGGCCGGCCCUCCCAGUUGACAUGGAUAUUUGACUUCUAAAGCAGUCAGUGGCACUGAAUGUGUUAAAUGAUAUUUGACAGUACAAAUAAAAGUGGAACAAACAUUGUCUACUUCUUGUAAGGGGUUAAAUCCUCUUUCCCCAUUGAAAUAAAUGGAAAUGAUAUUAAUCCAUUCCAGCCCCCCCAAUGUUUUUGUAACAUGCACAGUUUUAAUAAGAAAAACUGUACUCUAUGGUAUUGUACUUCAUAAAAACACAGUAAUAAUACAAUUUAAUAGAAUAUAAAGAAUAAAAAAAAGUUUGUGCAUCAUGCCUUCAAGCUUCAAUGCCCAUUGACAUUGUGCUGCUCCUUAUGGUGUGCACGCCUUUGCCACCAGGGGGCAGUGUAAUACUGCCAUAAUAAAUACACAAACAAGACACUCUCUUCUAAGCUCAGUAAGCCACAGUAAUAUUAGUCCUUUUAAAGAGGAUACAAAAGUUGUGCCUGUGAGUAUUGCUACAGUAUAUUAUCUUUCGAAGUGUUGCUGCACCAUUUGUGUUCGUGUAUCUGUUGCUUUAAAGCAGCGGUGUCAAACUCAUUUUUGUCAAGGGCCACAUUGUAGUUAUGGUUUCCCUCAGAGGGCCAUUACGUCUGUGAACCCAGAUAAAUAUAUGAUGGCCUCAUAUUAUUACACAUACACUACAAAUUGAUGGAUAACUUGUUUUUGGAAUCAGAAGCCAGUAAAACAUUGCCUGUUCUACUAUGAAUCAAUGUAUUUGAAAAGGGGGAUUGGUAACAAAAAAUGCUUGCAAUAUCUGAGUUAUUAAAAGUGAAGACAAUUUGCAGGUUUGGUAUUUUAGCAAGAUAUUUAAAGUCCACACACACGAUUUGCUAUCGCGGGCCACAUUAAAUACUCCGGCGGGCCUGAUCCGGCUCCCGGGCCUUGUGUUUGACACCUAUGCUUUAAAGUGUUGUAACUACUGCUAGUUUAAACGAUGCUAGUUUCGUGAGCCUGUCUAUGGUGUAUUGCAUUGUGUGUUAACAUUAAGCUAGCCAAGACUUUCGCAAGGUAAAGUUAGAUGGUGUGGUUAAACAGACACUUAGUAAUUCUCUUUGUUUUAUGUUUUGUUCUGUAUUGAACUUGAAAUGAGAGUGGCAAUAAACUACUUGGAGCAAGCACUUUGCCUCUUUUUU